AUGGCUCGACGAUCCCAGAGCUACUGGGCGAUUGCCAUCGGCAUGAUCGCCUGGAGUCUUCUCCUCUUCAGCCCACUUGCCUUCGUUUCCGGCGCCCAAGCCCAGGAUGUGGAGGACUUCGGCACGGUCAUUGGUAUCGAUUUGGGAACUACAUACUCUUGCGUUGGUGUAAUGCAAAAGGGCAAAGUUGAAAUUCUUGUCAACGACCAAGGAAACCGUAUCACACCCUCAUAUGUCGCCUUUACCGAAGACGAACGAUUAGUCGGAGAUGCCGCUAAACAACAAGCCGCCAACAACCCCCUUAACACCAUUUAUGACGUCAAGCGAUUCAUCGGCCGCAAGUGGAACGAGAAGACCCUCCAGGCUGACCUCAAGCACUUCCCUUACAAGGUCCUCGAGAAGGAUGGCAAGCCUGUGGUUCAAGUCGAUGUCCACGGCUCGCCCAAAAAGUUCACACCUGAAGAGAUCUCUGCCGUUAUCCUCGGCAAGAUGAAGGAGGUCGCUGAGUCGUAUCUCGGUAAGAAGGUCACCCACGCCGUCGUUACUGUCCCUGCCUACUUCAACGACAACCAGAGACAGGCCACUAAGGACGCCGGUAUUAUCGCUGGCCUUAACGUUCUGCGUAUUGUCAACGAACCUACCGCCGCCGCUAUUGCCUACGGUCUAGACAAGACCGAUGGUGAGCGUCACAUUAUUGUGUAUGAUCUUGGUGGUGGUACUUUCGAUGUCUCCCUUCUAUCUAUCGAUGAGGGUGUUUUCGAAGUGCUUGCUACCGCUGGUGACACCCAUCUUGGUGGUGAAGAUUUCGAUCAGAGAAUCAUCAACUUCUGGGCCAAGAACUACAACAAGAAGAACUCUGUCGACAUCACCAAGGACGCCAAGGCCAUGGGCAAACUCAAGCGUGAGGCCGAAAAGGCCAAGAGAACCCUCUCUUCCCAGAAGACCGCUCGUAUUGAGAUCGAGUCCUUCUUUGAGGGCAAAGACUUCACCGAGACCUUGACCCGAGCCAAGUUCGAAGAACUCAACAUCGAUCUCUUCAAGCGAACUCUGAAGCCCGUGAAGCAGGUUCUUGACGACGCCAAGAUGACUAAGGAUCAGGUUGACGACAUUGUUCUGGUCGGUGGUUCAACCCGUAUUCCCAAGGUCCAGGAACUUCUUGAGGAGUUCUUCGGCGGUAAGCAGGCUAGCAAGGGUAUUAACCCCGAUGAGGCCGUUGCCUUUGGUGCCGCUGUUCAGGCUGGUGUUCUAUCUGGCGAGGAGGGUACCACGGAAGUUGUUCUUAUGGAUGUGAACCCCCUGACUUUGGGCAUUGAAACCACUGGUGGUGUCAUGACGAAGCUUAUCCCUCGUAACACUGCUAUCCCCACCCGCAAGAGCCAGAUCUUCUCCACUGCCGCCGACAACCAACCCGUUGUCCUGAUCCAAGUUUUCGAAGGCGAGCGAUCCAUGACCAAGGAUAACAACCUGCUCGGCAAAUUCGAAUUGACCAACAUCCCCCCUGCACCUCGUGGUGUUCCUCAGAUUGAAGUCUCCUUUGAGCUUGACGCCAACGGCAUCCUGAAGGUAUCGGCCUCGGACAAGGGAACGGGCAAGACUGAGACAAUUACUAUCACCAAUGACAAGGGUCGUCUCACCCAGGAUGAGAUUGAGCGCAUGGUUGCCGAGGCUGAGAAGUAUGCCGAGGAAGACAAGGCCACCCGUGAGCGUAUUGAAGCCCGAAACGGCUUGGAGAACUACGCUUUCAACCUAAAGAACCAGGUCAACGACGAGGACGGUCUUGGUGGCAAGAUCGAUGAGGACGAGAAGGAGACACUUCUCGAUGCCAUUAAGGAGACCACUGACUGGCUGGAGGAGAACGCCGCUACGGCUUCCACAGAGGACUUUGAGGAGCAGAAGGAGAAACUCUCAGGCGUCGCCUACCCCAUCACAUCCAAGAUGUACCAGGGUGCCGGUGGCUCAGAAGACGAUGAUGACUUCGAUGGCCACGAUGAGUUGUAA